AUGUCCUUCCGCAGGCUGCUGGGCGGCAUCUUCGCGCUCCUCUUCCCCCUCACCCUUACGGCCUCUAUCUACCUAUACCUCUACCCAGUCCUCAAUGGCUGCGCAUUCCCUCUGCCACAGACACACGAGACCAACACAGACAAUUCAUCCUUCCUCGGCCAACUCAAACAAAAUGCUGCUGUCCACACCUUCCUCCAACAUCUCGGAGCAGCCCCGGCCACACCAACGGACAACGGUUCCGCCAUAUUCAGACUGCUAGUUCUCGCCGACCCUCAACUCGAGGGUGACAGCUCGCUCCCACUGCCAGACUGGAAGCUCAUCCCCCGAAUCCGUACCCACUGGCGCGCCGUCCAAGAAGCUCUCACCUCGGCCUCGGCCUCGACAUCAUUCCCUCACGCCCUACUCGACCAAGCCGUGCUGGACACGAUCAAAAGCAGCGCCCACGCCCUUUUCGUCGAAGAUAUUCCGCGCUCGCUGCGUGCCACUCAGAAACAGCUCGACCUCCUCGGCAAUGACUACUACUUGGCGCAUAUUUACCGCACGCUGUUUUGGUGGACGCGCCCCACGCAUACCACUGUGCUGGGCGACCUUCUGGGCAGCCAGUGGAUCGACGACGCCGAGUUCGCCCACCGCAGCGAGCGCUACUGGACUCGUGUCUUCCGCGACGGCAUCCGCGUCAACGACGAGACUACCCGCCCCAGCGCCCCAGGCCACAAACAACCCCUUGAGCCGCUGGGCGCCAGCGCUGACCCGGUGUGGCCGCGGCGCAUCAUCAACGUCGCGGGCAACCACGACAUCGGAUACGCCGGUGACGUGAGCCCCGCGCGGAUGGCACGGUUCGAGCGCGAGUUCGGGCGCGCCAACUGGGACGUGCGGUUCGCGCAUCCAGUGGACAACACGUCGGUGGCCGCGCCGACACUUCAUCUGAUCAACCUGAACACGCUGGUGCUCGACACUCCAGCGCUGUCGGAGGCGUUGCAGACGGACGGGUAUGCAUACCUGAACUCACUGAUUAGCCGGCUGUACCCAGUGGAGGACGCGUCGGUGUUCACGCUGCUGUUGACGCACCUGCCACUGCACAAGGCAGACGGGGUGUGCGCGGACGGGCCGUACUUCACGUUCCACGAUGCAGACGAUACGGACGCGGAGCCACGGUGGCGCACGGGCGGGCUACGCGAGCAGAACCAUCUCAGCGACCAUAUCAGCGCGACGGGCGUGCUGCAGGGGAUCUUUGGGAUGAGCGGGAACGAGGAUGCGCCUGUGGGUGGACGCGGACGGAAGGGCCUGAUUCUCACGGGCCAUGACCAUGUGGGCUGCGACGCGGUGCAUUAUAUCGACCGGGAGCAUGGGGAUGCUGAGGCCGGGCAGAGCUGGAGCUGGGCAGCGAGACGGUAUGGUGGGCGCGAGGCAGAUGCGAGUGGGACGCCUUCGAUCCGCGAGGUGACGCUGCGGUCAAUGAUGGGCGAGUUCGGGGGCAAUGCCGGGCUUCUUUCCGUCUGGUUUGAUGCGCAGCUGGGCGAGUGGGACUAUGAGAUUGUUAUGUGUCCGGCGGGCGUGCAGCAUGUUUGGUGGGCAGUGCAUGUCAGCAUUUUGGUGACGGUCCUUGUUGGAUUAUUUUGGGUUGUUGCUGGGUUCGCUGCGGUUGGAGAAGGUCAAAGUUCAGUGCGGCUGGACUUGCAGGAGAAGCAAAAGAAGCAGGAAAGGGGGGAGGAGGAAGAGGAACUUAGGCCGACGUUGACGGGAGUCACGUUGUCGAAAGCUCGGAGGAAAUAA